AUGAUGAAUAUCAAAGCUCCCUGUUCUAGUAUUGAUUGCAAAGGCGUUGGUGUAUUUUCUUGUAUCGGAUGUCGACAAACUUUUUGUCACAAACAUUCUUAUGAACAUCAUCAAGAAUUGAGUAAAGAAUUGCAAGCUAUAUCUGUUCAACACGAUGCUAUUCAUCAACAGUUAACAGCAACUAAUCCAGUACAUCCUGUUCAAAAAGAAAUUGAUGAGUGGGAAGCGAAAUCGCUUAGUACGAUUAAAAUAGUGGCUGAUGAGGCUCGAACUCAAGUUUCGACCACAUUAACGGAAAAUAAUCGUGAAAUAAUGAAAGAUUUUGCAUUAUUAACAAAUGAACUCGGAGUAGGUUGGCAAACAAAAAAUUACGUUGAAACAGAUUUAAAUAAAUGGCGAAAUGAAUUAAGUAAAACUCAACAGACUAUAAAUUCGGCACGAAAUAUGUAUCUGGAUUCACGUGAUACAUCAUUGCCAUCAAUUAAUAUGAUCAAAAUAAAAUUUAAUAAUUCGGAUAAAUUCGGUGAAAUAAAGGGUAGUAUGCAACUGGAAGAUCAUGGUCGAAUCGUGUCACAUUCCGGAAGUUAUGAUUCUCAUUCAAGUGUAUACGGUACAAAAUUAUAUUCAAAUGGUUUACACCGAAUUCUGAUUAAAAUUGACAAAAUGCAUGAUAAUUAUUGGAUUUUUUUUGGUAUAUCAUCUGCUAUAAUGCCAAUGAAAUCUGAUGCUUGUCUAUCAAGAUCAGCAUAUGGUUGGGCAGCAACAAGUAAUCGGAGAAAAUUUGUUUAUUUAAAUGGUGUUCUAACAAAUGGUACAUACGCAAAAUAUAACGAAGAUAUUCGAAAAGGUGAUACUAUUGAAUUAACAUUAGAUUGUCAUAAGAAAAAAAUUCAAUUAUUAAAUGAACGAACAAAACAAAAAUAUGAUAUUUAUGUCGAUGGUCGCGAAUGUCCAUUUCCAUGGAGAUUGACUACGACACUUCAUCACAGAGGCGAUCGUUUAAGCCUUAUUUAA